CAGGGUCGUCGGGAUCCCGUCAGCAGCAGCGAAAAAAAGGUCCGGAGUUGAAGCAGUAGAGUUUAAUCCGGCUAAACGUGCAAUUGGUGGGGCAGCAAAAAAUAAUAAAAAAAAUAUUAAUAAAAAUAAAAAAGAAGUACGCACCCGCACAACUCCUAUUCCUGUAUAUAGAUUUUUUUACUAUUCUUAUUUAUUUUAAAUUAAUAUAGAAUUUUCGAGUCAUGGCGCUGAAAAGAAUCCAAAAGGAGCUUACAGACUUACAAAGAGAUCCUCCUGCACAGUGUUCUGCUGGACCAGUAGGAGACGACUUGUUUCACUGGCAGGCAACAAUCAUGGGACCGAAUGAUAGCCCAUACCAAGGUGGUGUGUUCUUUCUAACCAUUCAUUUUCCUACAGAUUAUCCUUUCAAGCCACCAAAGGUUGCAUUCACGACAAAGAUUUAUCACCCAAACAUAAACAGCAAUGGGAGUAUUUGCCUCGAUAUUCUCAGAUCACAGUGGUCCCCAGCUCUAACAGUAUCAAAAGUCUUGUUGUCAAUCUGUUCAUUGCUCUGUGACCCCAAUCCUGAUGACCCCUUGGUUCCAGAAAUUGCACACACCUAUAAGGCGGACAGGGAAAAGUAUAACAGAUUAGCCAGAGAAUGGACACAAAAGUAUGCAAUGUGAAUUGCACUGUUUUUACAAAUGAACAUCCACAAAAAAUAUUAAUUAAAAACAGGUUCUUGAACGAGAAAUACCAACUUAAAUGCAAAUAAAUUCACAAAAUGGGCCGCCGAAUGUUUACCUGGUACCAUGUGCCAAUCACAGAAAUUUUUUGACUCCUGCUGCAAGGGAAGGACACAGAAAACAUCGACAAAAAGACAACUUAAUGAAGAAAUGCCAGGUUUUUGAGUGCUCCGGACUACAAACCCUGAAACACUACCAUGUUUUUUAAUGUGAUGGUAAUGAUGGUUAUUAUUUUAAUGUUGUUAUUGUUUAAUUAAUGGAUGCAUAAUAUCUUCAGUGAAGGUGGGAGAUGUUUUAGCGAGGUUCUAACACUAAUAGGGUACAGGCUGGAUUUCUUGGAACCAUAAACAGGGUACAGUGUGUAAAAAAACAUAUAUCUAUCUAUACAGUAUAUAUAUAUAUAUAUAUAUAUAUAUAUAUAUAUAUAUAUAUAUAUAUAUAUAUAUAUAUAUAUAUAUAUAUAUAUAAUAUGAAUAUAAAAUAACACUUUCUAUUUAUGUAUGUUUUACUGUGUCUGAGACUGCUUUGUAGAAUAAGACAGGUGCACCAUAUUGUAUUUGAGCCAAAAUGGAACUUUUCUUACUCAGCAAGAAUAUUCAGAAUAAGAGGGCAAAUGAACACUUUACAUAGCUGGUUAUAUUGUAAUGACUUCCUUAUUGUCAUUUUGCUCUGCCACCCUCAAAGGAGUUCCUUUUGAUUAUUCUUAAUUUUCUUUUUAAAAAGAUAUUAUAAAGGCCAUAAUAUGCUAAUAGUGGUUUAUAACCAUCUGGGCUAAGAAAAUGUCCUGUAAUAACAAAACCAUUACCAUCACUCUGUGCCUGUGAAAAUGGUGAACAAGACAGCCGACCGUGCUCUUCAAGCCAAGCUCCUCAUUUAUCCUACAAUCAUGUAAUUUAUUUAAUGUGCUCUUCCUAGAAGGAACAUAUUCUUUAUUUAAUUUAGCAAAAACAAAAACUGUGACAAUACUAAAUAAAUAUUAAAUACAAAAUGUUUUACUGGUAGUUACUACAUAAUUUAUAUUCAUUGAUUUGUGAUGCACUUGCAUGGAUAUAAUUUGAGCAGAUUCUCCCAAAACACAAAUUGUGUGUAAUUGUAUAUGUGAGAAUGUGUGAAACACAGGAUGGUCAUCAUGAUAGUAAGAUGAACCCUACACUAUUACACAUCAAAAACAUGCAGAAAUAGAAGAGCACAAGAUAUGUCAACAAAGCAUUUUUCCCCACCGUUUUUUUGGAGAGUGUUCAUUUGCAAAGCUGUAGAAUCAGGAAAACAGAAUCUGCCAUUUUGCUAAUGCGUGCAUUAAGUUUUAAUAACCAUGUAUUUAAAAAAAAAUGCACAUUUCAGCCUUAACCUGGAGUAUUUAAAGUUUUGAUAUGCCAAGGAAAUAUGUUUAUUUUAAUUCUUAUCUAUUCAUCAGAGUUUUGGUUAUUCAAGCAAAAGUGUGGUAUGAUUCCAUGCAAAAUGAAAUGUGAUUGAUACUGAAGAAUAUCUGUAGUUAUUUUUUUUUUCUUUAUGUAUGUGUUUAAGACCAAUGACUAUUAUGCAUUAACUGAUGCAGCAGUAUGAUGACCAGAUCAUGCAACCUUAGGAAUAUAAAAGCGGAAAUGUCUUUGGCUUAUAUGCAUUGGCCAUAAUUAAGUGGAGUGAGUGAGGAAUCAAUACCUUCUUCUGGGUCUCAGUGUUAGAGCCUGGGUUUUUCUUACAUUUCAGUUCUCACCACCAAGAGGUCCAUGUACCUCAAUUUAAAAAUUACAUGUGUAAUAAUUAAUGAUACUUGCACAUUUGAUAGAUUAAAAGUUUAAUUGCAUUACAACAUCAACAGCAAUAUAUAUCUUUGUCACUUUCAUAUGUCUCAUUCAAAUGUGUCAGAUGAGGGAAUGUUUACACAAACACAGUUUUUUCCUUUGAUUUGGCCUUGAAAAAUAAGUGGCUUACACUAUGAAAAUGGGAUGCUGAAAAAAAGUGGGAAAGAAAGGAAAAGGUUCAGUGCUGUACAUCUUGUAGUUAACGCUCAAUAUCCAUCUAUAGACUGCUCAAGGUUAAUGUCUGUGUUGUGGAAGUCUGACUUGCCUGUUCUCAAACUACUAAAUGAGGCUGAUCAUACUCAUGCUGUGUUUUGCAGUUAGUGUUUUCUAGAAAUCACUGAUAUGGUGUUCUCAUUUCCUGUAAGCAGUGGUAUUUGGUGUAAUGUCAAUCUCCUUAUCCACAGGCUCUGCUACGGAGUACCUUUUAAGAUAAUGGACAUUGAUUUUUAUUCAAGGUGCCAAGUUUACAGGACUCAGGGUGCUGCCUGGACGGCAGUGAAGAGUCUCCCAGAGUGAAAACCUCUCAGUUGUUCUAUAUUUCUUGCCUUUCUGCUGGGACAAUAUUUAAAAUAUUUCUUUAACAGUGGUUACAUACUAGCCAACCUCAGGAAAUGAAACAUUACUCUCCAGGACCACUAUAUAAGCAUUACAAGUGAAGUGCACUGAGUUAGGAAAUGACCCACAAAGAAUACUGUACAGUAGAUACAGUGUAUCUGCUAGAAUGUCUCUCAAACACCAGUAACUGAUUGUCCUUGCAAAACAAAUAAAAUGUGCAAAAUACAA